UCCAUUCUGUUUCUUGUCUCAUAUCUUUCUCCUAUUCCCUUUCUUUCCGAAUUCCUUCCAGUACUGGAAAAUUUUCCCGGAAUCUAAUCCCUAACUUUCUCGGAAAAUUUCCGGACCGAUCUGGAGAAAAUUAAAGAAAAAGAAGAAGAAGAAGAAGAAAGCGCUGAGUUCAUUGAAUCUUCUCUUAGUUAUUAUUGAAGGAAGCAGAGUUCUUGUCGAAGCGAAAGUUUUUUUUUUCUUCCGUCGCCGGAAGAUAUCGUUCUCCGAGUUUCAGCUAGCUCCGUUCACCGUUGUGAAAUGGCGAAGCGUGGAUAUAAGCUGCAGGAAUUUUUGGCUCAUUCAGGCGACGUCAAUUGCCUAAAUAUCGGGAAAAAAGGGUGCCGACUUUUUGUUACCGGCGGGGAUGAUCACAAAGUCAAUGUUUGGGAAAUUGGCAAACCAACGUCGUUAAAGAGCCUUUGUGGUCAUACAAGUCCAGUCGAGUCUGUUGCUUUUGAUUCGGCCGAAGUGUUAGUCCUUGCCGGAGCUUCUAGCGGUGUAAUAAAACAAUGGGAUUUACAAGAAGCAAAGAUGGUUCGCACGCUUUCUGGACACAGAUCCAAUUGCACUGCCGUUGAAUUUCAUCCAUUUGGUGAGUUCUUUGCAUCUGGUUCCAUGGAUACUAAUCUGAAGAUAUGGGACAUUAGAAAGAAAGGAUGCAUUCACACUUACAAAGGUCAUACUCAAGGCAUCAGCACUAUUAAAUUCACCCCUGAUGGUCGAUGGGUAGUUUCUGGUGGGUUUGAUAAUGUGGUGAAGGUGUGGGAUUUAACAGCUGGAAAGCCAUUGCAUGAUUUUAAGUUCCAUGAAGGACAUAUUCGGUCCAUAGCUUUUCAUCCUCUUGAAUUUCUCCUGGCUACAG